CUCACCACCCAACGGCUUCUCACCCUUUUAUUGAACACUUUUGAUUUACAUAUUUGGUCCAUUUCUCUCAAGACCAUCACUAUGUCUUACAACUCCAACGAACGCAACACGUCCUCUUACGGCGAGGAGCGCAGCAGCUCUGGCUACGGAGACAGCAACCGCAAUGACGACAAUCAGUCCGGCUCCAAGUCCUCCAGCUACGGAAAUGACAACGAAGACUCGUCCUAUGGAAACAAUAAGUCCUCUGGCUACGGAGGAAACAAUGACAACGAGGACUCGUACGGAUCCAAGAAGUCGAGCUAUGGCUCCAACGACAACGACAACCAAGACUCGUACGGCUCCAAGAAGACGUCUGGUUUCGGGAGCAACGACAACGAGGACUCCUCGUACGGUACUAAGAAGACCGGCUACGGUUCCAACGACAACGAAGACUCCUUAGGGUCCUCGAAGAAGUCCAGCUACGGCAAUAACGAAGACGAGAGCUCUUAUGGCAGCAAAGAGAAGUCGUCCUACGGAUCCAACGACAACCAGGACUCGUCUUACGGAUCAAACAAAAAGUCGAGCUACGGCUCUAACGACAAUGACAACACGGACUCUUACGGCAGCAAGAAGCAGUCGAGCUAUGGAUCCAAUGACAACGAAGACUCGUACAGUUCGAGCAACAAGACUUCCGGCUCUUCUAACCGCAACACGGAUGAGGACUCUUACAGUAGCAGCAAGAAGCAGUCCAGCUACGGUAGCAAUGACAACGAGGAUUCGUACGGCUCAGGUAACAAGAGUUCCAGCUACGGCUCAUCCAACCGCAACACGGAUGAGGACUCGUAUGGCAGCAAGAAGCAGUCCAGCUAUGGUAGCAACGACAAUGAAGACUCUUACGGCUCGGGCAACAAGGCUUCCAGUUAUGGCUCUUCCAAUCGCAACGAGGACUCGUACGGCAGCUCCAAGCGCGAUAACGAUUACUAGGCUCCUGUACUGGGAUUAGGGGGCAGCACGGGUUUGGAGAUUGACUGUGUGAUGGGGUAUCCUGGAUGACUUUAAAGUCUUUUGGGCUCGAUGACAGACAGUAGCAAAUUCCGUAAGUAUAUUCACGCUUCACUAUCACUAGUGUGGGACGUGCCCGGGCCCUCAGGGAUUGGAAUAGGAGAACACCCUCCUUUGUAUACACGGCCUCAGAAAUGAAAGUGCUCUUAUACUACUACAAAAAUCAGUUCAUGAAAUCAGUGUCCACGUGAAUUGAGUUGGGUUUACAUUCCGCGCGUUCGUUCGGAAAAUUUCUUGAU